AUGUAUUCAAUUUAUACUUUGAUACUCAUUAAUCUUAUUUAUUUUCUGGGUACGGCUCAAGCUUCCUUUUCAAACUAUGACGAAGUUGGGUUAUCAAUCUUAGUACCAGCACGAGGAAGGGAGUGUUUUUAUCAACGUGUUACAGAUCCAAAAUAUAAAUAUAUUGAAUUUAGUUAUCAAGUAAUCAGUGGAGGUGAUUUAGAUGUAGAUGUUAAAAUAAAUGGACCACAUUCAGAAGAAAUUAUUACUGAUACUAAACAAAGUGAUGGAACACAUAAAAUUGAUGUUACAGCUGAGAAUCGCGGUCACGGAGAUUAUUCAAUAUGUAUUGAUAAUUCAUUUAGUUAUCAAACAUCUAAAUUAGUAUAUGUUGAAGUUUAUAUGCUUGAUCAUGAAGGAAGAUAUGGUGAAAUGAAUAAAUUAUCUAACGGUGCUUUAUCAUCAUUAAGUGAUAAAAUUUCUAACUUUGAUAUGACCUCACAGAAUAUAAAAGAAAAAUUAAACAUUAUUCAACAAGAUCAACAACAUCUUCGUAUUGUUGAAGCUAGAGAUAGAUCGAUAAUGGAAGCAAAUUUUGAAAGAAUUAACUUGUGGAGUAUGUUAGCAACAACUGUGAUGGUCAUCACAUCCAUUAUCCAAGUUUUUACUGUCCGCGCUCUAUUUAAUUCUGGUGGUGUAGUUGCAAAAGUCUUUGAAUUUUUGGAUCGUUAA